AUGGCCCAGUUGCUCCUUGUGGCUGGAAACGGCAACAUUCCAAACAACACUGACUUCUUCCAACCGUUGGCAGAACCCUUCAUUCUAGUGCCCACCCUUCCGGGCAUUUCUUUUUUAUUCGGUCACUGGGGCGAACAUCUUGUUAGCUACCACGACUUCUACCUUUUCGGUAUCCAACGGGACAUUCUUUUCAACACUAGCAAAAAAGGGACAAAGGCAAACUGGGAGGAAAUUUACCAGUUGGAGGGUAUGAUCCUGGCAGGCACAAGCACCGUUCAGGAGGUGAUCCCAAAACAGUGGCCCGGUAAUGGCUCCGGCCCACGAGUCAACUACUGCAUGUUGGCUAUUUGCAAGCAUGGUAAUUCGUCUCAGAUUGAGCAUCCAUCUUACUAUACAGUUAUGUGA